GCUGUCAAUGAAUUAUUACAACACUGCUGUGAGGACACGUACAGUAUUUAAACAUCAGUGACACAUUGACUGUGCCCUCGCAUUGUGGUAUUUUUGCCGUUUUACUGGGGCACCAUUGACCAAUCCUGACAAAAUGUAUUAUGUACAUUCAUGUUGGAAUAAAAUCAGGGCUAAAGGAAAUAGUUAUAGUAGGGAAAACCCCAAAUACAUUUCAGAUGUUCUAGUAGGCCUUUCCUGACAUUUUGUUGUUCGUUUUCUAGCUGCAUCCUGAACGUUUUGUGCUAACACUAAUAUUGCUAUUUGGAACUGUUCAUAAUUGUUUUCACCUUCUCUAAGGCCCCAGUUGCCUCUGAAAAAAAAUACUGUAGGUAUGGUGUUCUUUUGCGUUUUGCGUUAAACAUACAUUUUGUUAAUAUGUCCAACCUCCAAAACAAAAUCUACCAUACAUGACUGACAUGGAACAGACGUGUGUAUAUCCACUGUAGCUUCAACAGUGGUCUGCAGAUGGGAUGAUAAGACGCAUCCAAGUGAUGCGAACGCCUUGCAAGAAUCUGCUCAAUGCUGUUGUGUUGCCUUCAGCACGACGGGGGAGGAGAAGAAACAAGCAUGCAACCGGUGUGUAACGCAAGAAUCUCGGUUGUUACUCAUUAGUCAAACUGAGCGUAUCGGUCAUUCAGACUCUUGCUGGAAUCUUAAACGUCAUUAGCGGCGCCAUCAUCCUUGAGCGAGAAAGGUUGGCAAGGGAGGGGGAUGACAAAACGUCGGCCCAAUUGUUGAAGUUCAGGUCCAAACUCCUCGCGGCAGAAUACGACAGUCCACAACACAUUAACCAACUUAGCGUCGCACAUCCUGGCUACUUUUUCAACCGCCUGGGAACCAUUAAUCAAUCUUUGCUCCCGCCGACGUGGUCGGAGCGGAGUCAUUCGGAGCAGCAUGUAUCAGGAGAUCCUGGCCUUUGCGCUCGCCACCUCGGGAUGGGUUCUGGUGUCGUCCACCCUGCCGACAGAUUAUUGGAAGGUGUCCUCGCUGGACGGGACGGUCAUCACAACGGCGACCUACUGGUCCAACCUGUGGAAGACAUGCGUCACCGACUCCACCGGGGUGUCCAACUGCAAAGACUUUCCCUCCAUGCUGGCGUUGGAUGGUUACAUCCAGGCCUGCAGGGGGCUGAUGAUUGCAGCAGUGUGUCUGGGCUUUUUCGGUACCGUCUUCGCCCUGGUGGGAAUGAAGUGUACCAAAAUAGGAGGAAGUGACAAGAGCAAAGCCAGGAUCGCGUGCUUCGCAGGUUUCAAUUUUAUCCUCAGCGGUCUGUGCUCCCUUUCAGCAUGUUCCAUCUAUGCGCAUCGGAUAACCUCGGAAUUUUUCGACCCCAUGUUUGUGGCGCAGAAGUACGAGCUUGGAGCGGCGCUCUUCAUUGGCUGGGCAGGUUCUGUCCUUUGUGUUCUCGGCGGAGGUGUGCUCUGCUUCUCUGUGGCAGACUGCAAGAAAAGUCAUAGAGGUUAUGUCUAUAGAGGCGCUGCCUCACAUUCGCAUGUCUCCUCCUACCAAAGAGGAAGAGGACAGUCUGUGAGCCAAAGGCCGCCUCCGGACUACAGCAGCUCCUCCAGGGCCCACAACUUUGAUAAGAACGUAUACGUGUGAAUGGUGUGAAUAUUAAGAGCCGCCGUGUGGAGAGUCAUGUAAGAUAGUGUGAAGAAAAGAUAACGGCACACCGGAGGAAACAUUUUUGUUGAACACCAGGUGAAUUUGUUAUUGAUAUUCACAUUGAAAUGUCAUUCAGGUCCAGUGGAAAGUAGGUCUGUCUUGAGUUUUUUUUUUUUUUUUUUCCUUUUUUUUUCUCCAAACUCAACACAAAUGAAUAAAAAAAAUAGAGAUAUCAAAGUUUGGCUUUAAAAAUUUUUUUUUUAAAUUAAAUAACACAACAAAAAUAUUUUCUUCUGCAUAGAAAUCAUGUAGCUCCAAGUUUUUUGUUUUACUAGUUUUUCUUAUCAACAAAGGUUGCAAUAUUUUACACAGAACACAAAAAAAUCUUUUUCUUUUUGUUUUUCUUUCUUUUCUUUUUUGUUUCAAACCAUGCAGGCUACAGGUAUUCCUAACUUUUAUGAGUAUUUAUUUCACUUUUCAAAACAGUGUAUUUUGGGAUUAAAAAUACAACCAAUGUGUUUUACAUUUUUAUGGGGAAAGAAAUACACGUUUAGGUUUUUCCCCAAACACAACAGAAGCCAAUAUCUUUGGGAUGGAAAAAAAACACACAAUUAUAGAUUAAUUUUGCUAUUUUUACCUCACAAUAAUAAAAAUAGAUUUUGUUUAUGUAUUUAAAUAAAAUAUGUAUUUCCAAGUGUUGAAAUUAUUUUAGCGUCUCUCAAACAGGUUUUUUUUUCCCUUUGACUAAAUAAACAAGAUGGUUGUUCUUUCUUUUGCAAUGCAUGUAUUGCCAAAUUGUGCACGUUUUUUUUUUCUUCUUCUUCUUAUCCCCAACUGUUGCACUUUUUUGACAUUUUGUUGAAAAACGAUAACAUUUAUCUUGUAUUUAAUAAUACAUUAAAAACAAUUCAAAUUCAUUUAUCAAAAAUCAUUGGACACCCCCUGGACAUCAUUUGCUAUGAUGCGAUAUGAUAUGCAUUAACCAGUUUGUUUAAAUGAAUUAAUUCACACUCAAAUUCUAAGGGAAUGGUCAUUUCUAUUUAUUCUAUAUUUUAUAUUUUGCUGGUUGUAUGUUAUAUUUACUUUAAACAGGCUGCAAUGUGUCAAGCACAUUCAUGGUGAAACCAUUAUUGUUUUGUACUAUGGCAUGAUAUUUAAAAAAAAAAAAAAGUACAUUGGUGAUA